AGAGAGAGAGAGAGCAGAGAGAGAGAGGCAGCUUUAAUACAGUGGUAGUCAAUCACUCAACGCUAGCAGUCAGAGAGAGAGAGAGAGAGAGAGAGAGAGUGGGGGAGAGAAGGAGAGAUUGGAGAAGAAGCCAGUCGUUCGUCCCUCAGUCCACACUCUUAGUUUACAGGCAGCCAGGCAGAUUUUCUUGGCUUGCACACUGCGCUCAUGACAGGAUUAGGAGUCGGGGACGCAGGACCAACCGGAGAUCUGCAGGUCCUCGUGGACAAGCCAGAGCCAGAUUCUCUCCCUGCACAGCUGUGACUGGCCUCCUGUGUCCCGUCACACCAAUCCUCUAACAACCGAGGUUGACCUGAUUACCUAGAGGCCUCCCUCUCCUCUUUCAUCAUGCGUGUCCUCACUACCCUCCUCCUUUUACUGCUCCUCCGGUCAGCUGAGCCCCGGAGAGGUCCUCGGUCAGGAGGUGCUGGGGGCCGGCUACGGGGCAGAGGCAGGGCUGGUGUCAUGAGGCGUCAAACUCAGGAGUGUAAGGAAUACAUGGAGGCAGGGGAGAAGUACCUGGACUGCCAGGACAGACAGCUGACCACUGUGAUGCAGGACUGGCCUAAAGAUAUUCAUCACCUGUUGCUGGCAAGAAAUAAAAUUCAGGUUUUGAGGGAUAACAUGUUCUCCCAGUUCACCCAGCUGAAGAGCUUGGACCUCCAGCAGAACGACAUCUCCAUGGUGGAGGAGCAAGCCUUCAGCGGCCUAUCCCAGCUCACCACACUACUCCUCCAGCACAAUGGACUAAAAACAGCAUCCGAGGAGGUUCUGCUUCCUCUUCCACGCCUUACCUACCUCCGUCUCUAUGACAACCCCUGGAACUGCCACUGCUCAUUGGACAGCUUGGUCAGGACCCUACAAGUGCCGAGCAACCGUAACUUAGGCAACUAUGCCAAGUGUGAUGAGCCCCUGUCUCUGAGAGGACAGAAGCUGAAGACGGUGAAAGUGGACUUGUUGUGUGAGGACAACCAGGUGGACCCCAAGCCGGGGAGAGGAGAUGGAGGACGACCAAGGCCUCCGCCAGUUAAAGUGAAGCCGGAUGCAACGUCCAUGUGCCACACUUAUAUGUUCCCCAAACCUCUGCUGGACUGCAGCCACAAAGAUUUGAACCACAUCCCGUCUGAUCUGCCAUCUGACAUUGUGAAGAUGGAUUUGUCCAGUAACAUCAUCAAACAUCUCAGGCCCAAACAGUUCCUGCUGUCUAAAGACCUCAAGCAGCUCAACCUUAGCGGCAACAGCCUGCACCAUAUAGACCCAGCUGCAUUUGCAGGUCUGCUGUACCUCCGUGAGCUCGACCUUUCCAACAACAGCCUCCAUUACUUUCCAUACGGUGUACUAGAGGACCUCUACUUCCUACGAAAGCUUUCGCUGGAGAACAACCCCUGGAUCUGUGAUUACAACAUUCACUACUUGAUCUACUGGCUCAAGCAUCAUCCUGGUGUCUUCUACACGGGUCUGAUCUGCUCUGAGCCUCAGGAGUUCAGGGGAUGGCGUGUUGAAGAUUAUGUUAAGACCUACAACGGGGAGUGUCCUAAGGACAGGCAAACAGAGAUGGAGACGGGACAAGGAAAUCAAGGGGGUGGUGAAAAUGAGGCUCAGGAGGUUGUAGGGGGGACAGGUGAUGGGCAGGGUGGGCGUCUACCUCGACCCCUGAAAGAGAAGAAGCCCAACAGGAUUGAAAUCAUCAGACUGAGCUAGACUGAAGGAGGGUCAAUUAGAAAAAGGUCAAAUGUUGGAGUGUUAGUGGUACAAUUUCAGGAUAAAAUCAGAAUUUUAAUUAUAUUUUUAAAUUUUUAAUCAGUAUAUGACGGCAGUGGCAUAUUGCUGUACCUUAAAAUGUUUAGAAGAAGCAGUCUUUUUUUUUAUUAUAUCUUUUUGCAGAACCUUCCCAAUCUAGACUGUAUCAGAUCUAGUAACCCACUACCCACUCUGCUGAACUACAGGUGCUCUUUUUCUGUUACACUAAAUUUGUUAUACUGUUUUUUCAGAAAUUAGUUUUUGGUCUUUAUGUAUUAAUGUAUGAUAUUGUUUACUUGUUUUCUGGAAAUAAAAUUGGGUUUAUUUUUUCUGAAGA